AUUCAAUGGAGCAUUCUUCACAUUCUUCGGUUGUUUCCUUUUUAUGCAUAUUGUUACGGGUGGCCAAUUCAGCAAAGAACGACUGAUGAAUUGUUUGCAAUUGCAUACCUGGCAAAAAAAUUUGGUGCGCCUGAGUUAACAAAAUUAACAGAUUGUUUGUUAAAAAUUCUUCCAAAAUCAUGGAAAUCUGGUGACAAUAUUUGGGAAGUUGGAUUGAUGGUUAGCAAAUGGUUAAAUUUGGUUCAAACUAGAUUAGCUAUUUUAAAAUUUUUGGUGAAUUGUUUGUCAAACGCUGAUAAUAGGACGAUAACGGAAAGAAUUAUAAUGAAAUUGGAAAAAGAUGAUUUAAAGGAAGUUGAGCGAUUAAUGAUGGAGGUUUAUGGAAAGUUGAAUGCAAAUACGAUAGAAAAAGAGGGCUGUGAUGAUAGUGAGGAUAGCACAGAAUCGGACUCUUCAGAGACAGAUGAAACAGAAAAAUUAGGAAAUAACACAUCCAAUAUUGCGCAUAAAAAGGAAACAACCCAAGAAGGUGAAGAAUCCUCCAGUGAAUCAAGCGAUGAAUCUA